AUGCUCCCAAGGAAGCCGGAUGGUCGCAACAAGGAGAAUGGAGAAUGGACGGAGGUCAGGGGGAGAAAGCAGACAAACACUUCGAUGAAGGUGAUUACUUCCUACUAUGUAACGAAUAUCCCAGAUGGAACGUGCAGAUACACCCUCAAGGAGGCUUUCAAGAACUUUGGGAACAUUAUCGAUGUAUAUAUCCCAGGUAGAAAAGACAAAGGUGGGGCUUAUUUUGGCUUUGUGAAGUUCUGUGGAGUCAAAAACGCUGAAGAACUGGAAAGAUCUAUGCAAAGAGUCAAAUGUGGGCACAACAUACUCAAGGUGAACAUUUCGAAAUAUAGAAAGCAAAACCAUUCGAACAAAGCCCCGGAGAUGGAUAGAGAAAGAGAUAUUCCGGUGCCACCUCCCUCACAAAAUCAAAAGCACAAUGCUUGGGAAAUAAACCGAGAAGGAAGAACAUAUGCAGAUGUGGCGGGUGCUCAAAAGAGAACUUCUUCCAGCAUGAAUACAGGAAUCCAACACGUAGCCCUCAAACAUGUACCAGCUAUGAUGGCAUGGAAUAGCUACGCGUUAGUCAGGGAAGUACUCAGCCUGCACCAUCUCACUGAACUUCCUAAGCUGCUGGAGGCUGAGUGCAAAUACUCUAAGAACCUGUUCUAUGCCGGGGGUAUGAGGGUGGUUAUUCGGUUCGACCUUCCCAAGGACGCUGAAAUCUUCCUUCGUGAGGAGAAUAAUUGGAACAGAUUGUUAAAAUGGUUGCGUAUGGGAGUGUUUGAUGAACCAAACAUUGAAAGACUUGCAUGGAUAAAAAUCACAGGGGUCCCAAUUUCCUUACGUGCAGAGGAAAAUUUCACCUUAAUUGCUAAUCUCUUUGGGGAAGCAUUGCAAGUAGAAGGGCAAAACUGGCAUAAUUUGGAUUUAUCCUAUGACACGGCCUGUAUUAUAACUUCUUCUUUAACCCGUAUCAAUAGCAUGGCGAUAUGUACGUUCAACAACAAAUCAUAUAAGGUGGGAAUUGUGGAGUACGGCUACAACUGGCACCCAUUUUUUCACAACACUGCAUCUCCUCAAGCAGAAAAAGAACAGGAAGAGGGUGAAGAAUCGGAUGAUAGUGAUUCGGCCGGUGACUUGGAUGACGAUGGAACCUCGGAUACAUGGGUGAACCCAAACAAUGACGAUCUUGAAGAUGGGGAAAUCAAUCAAAAUAUGAAUUCAGAAAUCAUGAACAUUGAUGGAGGGGCAAUAGCAGUAGAUGACCCGCAGUUUGCCGAGAUGCUGGUGGCUGAAAUGCAAAACCCACCGGAGGCCGAGAUGCAUGUGCCGAGAAUCAUUGGAGACGGUGUGGGCGCAGUAAUGGCGGGAGACGAAUCGACUCAUAUUCAUACUCUGAGUACCAAUGAUACGGAGAAGGUUUCCAAGACAAAAAUCAAUGAUGCCACCCAACAAACUAAACCAAUCCCCCAGAUCGAAUUAGAAGUGCAUGGGCUUAAAUUUGGUGGGCCUAAAAGUAAUAAGCAGAAGUGGACCCAAAACAUCUCGACUCCGAUCAAAUUAAAACCGAACCAUUUCGAAUUAGCUCCGGAUUUUGAACUGGGUGAUUCAUUAGGGAAAAGAAGAAAAGUCGAUCGUAACUUUGCAGCCACCAUUACUCCUAGAAGGAUUUUCGAUCCCCCACUGACUGAUUUUCAUCGGUCGAAAUCAAAUUCUCAACAGGUUCCUCUGGCUUCCCACUCAGAUCCCCUCUCCUUGGAUCUGAACAAAACUAUAAACAUAUUUGAAGCUCUCAGUUGUAAUUCCACGACAAAUGAAGCAUGUUCUUCUUUUUCUAAUGAAAUCGAUAGUACAAUCCGCAUUGGGAACGAGUUGGGCUUUCAAAUUGGCAAAGAGGAUGAUAUUGUGGGAAGAGUAUUUGACGGUGUUGGUGCCCUAAAAAAUGAUCAAUGA